UCCUUUAGCCCUCAGUAGACAUGGCGCUGGCAAGCGUGUUACGGCGGCCGCUACCGGUGAACCAGCGCGGGUUUUUCGGACUCGGGGGUCGUGCGGAUCUGCUGGACCUGAGUCCAGGGAGUUUCAGUGAUGGACUGAGUCUGGCUGCGCCCAAAUGGGGUGUCCCAGAGGAGCCAGGAAUCGAAAUGCUUCAUGGUACCACUACCCUGGCCUUCAAGUUUCGCCAUGGAGUCGUCGUUGCAGUGGACUCCCGGGCCACAGCAGGUGCCUACAUUGCCUCCCAGACCGUAAAGAAGGUGAUUGAGAUCAACCCCUACCUACUGGGCACCAUGGCUGGUGGUGCAGCAGAUUGUAGCUUUUGGGAAAGGCUGUUGGCUCGGCAAUGUCGAAUCUAUGAGCUUCGAAACAAGGAACGGAUCUCUGUAGCAGCUGCCUCCAAGCUGCUUGCCAACAUGGUGUAUCAGUAUAAAGGCAUGGGGCUGUCCAUGGGCACCAUGAUCUGUGGCUGGGAUAAGAGAGGACCUGGCCUCUACUAUGUGGACAGUGAAGGGAACCGGAUUUCAGGGGCCACCUUCUCUGUAGGUUCUGGCUCUGUGUAUGCCUAUGGGGUCAUGGAUAGAGGCUACUCCUAUGACCUGGAAGUGGAACAAGCCUACGAUCUAGCACGUAGAGCCAUCUACCAAGCCACCUACAGAGAUGCCUACUCAGGAGGUGUGGUUAACCUCUACCAUGUCCGGGAGGAUGGCUGGAUCCGAGUCUCCAGUGACAAUGUAGCUGAUCUACAUGACAAGUAUAGUGGACCUGCCGCCUGAAGUAGGGUGGAAGUAGCUGCUUGCAUUUCUUGGGGUGACUGUCAUUGGUAAUAAGAGCACAGCACCCCCUUGUAUAAUGGAAGGGUCCCAAGUUGUAUUGAUCCUUUUAUUUUUUUAGCUCAUGUACACACUGAACUCUUAUUACCAGCUGUUAAUGAGCUGCUGUGGAGGAAAUUUAAUUUGUUUUACUUUCUUUGCUGUUAACAUGAUACUA